AUGGAGAACGAUUUUAAGAUUGACUCAUCAUCAUCAUCUACCUUAUCUACCUUUGCUCUUCAAAGUUCUUCAGAGACAUUGUUUUCUAUUCAGCUAUUAGAUUUCAGAACUAGUUUACUGGAAGCAUUAGAAGAAUUACGUAUGCGAAGGGAAGCAGAAAUUCAAUAUAAAGAGCAGAUUGGUAAAAUUAUUGUGGAGACACAAGAACUUAAAUGGCAAAAUGAAACUCUUCAGAAUCAAAAGGAAACAUUAACAAAGCAACACAAAGAAGCAAUGGCAAUUUUUAAAAAGCAGUUGCAAAUGAAGAUGUGUGCCUUGGAAGAAGAAAAGGGAAAAUAUCAACUUGCUACAGAAAUAAAAGAAAAAGAAAUAGAAGGAUUGAAAGAAACAUUAAAAGCAUUACAGGUUUCUAAAUAUUCUUUACAGAAGAAAGUGAGUGAAAUGGAACAAAAACUCCAGUUACAGCUUCUGGCUAAAGAAGAUCAUCAGAAGCAACUGAAUGAAAUUGAGAAAUACUAUGCCACAAUAACAGGGCAGUUUGGAUUGGUAAAAGAGAGUCAUGAAAAGUUAGAACAAAAUGUACAAGAAGCAAUACAGGUAAACAAAAGACUUUCAGCUUUAAAUAAAAAACAAGAAUCUGAGUUAUGCAGUUUAAAAAAGGAACUAAAAAAAGUAACCUCAGACUGGAUCAAGUCCAAAGUCACAUGGCAACAUAAGAUGGGAGAAGAAAACAUCAAUUUAACAAUUAAAGAACAAAAAAUUCAGGAACUUCAAGAAAGACUCAACAUUGAAUUGGAAUUAAAUAAGAAGAUUACAGAAGAGAUUACUCAGAUUCAAGAAGAAAAACAGGAUAUCAUCAUUUCUUUUCAACGUAUGCAGCAAUUGCUCCAGCAACAGACCCAAGUUAAUACUGAAUUGGAAGCAGAAUUGAAGGUGCAAAGAGAAAAUAAUCAGACUCUUGAAAGAGAUAAUGAGCUGCAAAGGGAGAAGUUAAAAGAAAAUGAAGAAAAGUUCCUUAAUCUUCAAAAUGAGCAUGAGAAAGCACAAAGAACUGGGGAAAAGCAUAAUCUUCCAGAAGUAAAUACUGAAAACAGUGAAAUAUCAAUGGGAAAAUUACAAAACAUCAUACAGAAAUAUAAUUCUAGGCAAGAAAUAAGGGAAGAAAAUACAAUGAGUUUUUGUUUAGAAACUGAAUUUAGAGAAAAGGAGGGGGAUAAAGAAGGACCACUUACAGAAGAAAUCACUAUAGAAGAUAUACAGCAUAUUGAAAAAAUCCCCAAGGAUGAAAUUGAUCCUAGUAUACCUCAAGACGAGAAGCAAAGUGAAAUCUCUAUAAGCAAAACCCUCUGCAUAGAAAAAGAAUUAAUCAGUCAAGGACAAACCUUGAAUGUUACCGACUUUAGAAAAGCAGCUACUACAGAAAUAAAAGACAAGGUGGGCUUGGAAAGAGACAAUGAAUCUACAGAAUUUAAAUCACUAAAUGAUUAUUUUUUAGAGGCAGGUAUAUCAAUAGAAACAGAGAGCACACACUUAGAAAAAACUGAAGGAUUCGAUGUUCACCGUGCAGAUUUACAUCUGGAGGUUGAAAGUAACAGAAUAUCAUUUAACAGUGUCUUAAAUGAGAUGGCUCACAGUACAAAUCAUAAAAAAGAUGUUUUUGAACAAAAGUUUAGAUUGCUUCCAGAGACGCAAGAAAAUGCCACAAAGAAGAAAAUUACAAACAGUGACCAAACCAAAACAGAUUUGGAUUCAUCUCUGGAUGUAAAAAAGAAUCCUGUUCAGUGUCAAAAAUACAAUUUACAUGACUCAAAUAAUGUUAUAUUAGAUGAUAAACCAUAUAAAAUAGAACAAAUACAACUGGUAAAUAAAAAAAGUGAGUGCAGCACACCGCCAUCUAAACAAACUUCAGAUGUUCAGCAAAUCUGUAAGGACACUUCAGAGAAACCUGGACUAACUAUUCCCUAUGACGUUGCACCUGAACACCCCAUUUCAUCUGCAGUUUUCAGUGAUAAUUUGAAAGCAUUUCUUAAGAAUUCGGAUACAAAUGCUAAUAUGAUGCCUAUAUUGGUGAAACCAAACUCAAGCCCUGGGAAAAGAGCUGUAUGUAAAAAUCUGAAUGACAGACGAAGUCCAUUUAUGAACUGUUUGGGAGAUUUCGAAAACAGUAUGAACACUUCUCAUCUUCAAGUUAACAAUGAGAAUAUACAUAUUUCACAAGCCAAAGAUAUGAAAACUGCUAUUCACAUGAAAACUUCCACAGAAAUGCAGUUUUCCAAUAAAGAGAGUCACAUUGAUGAGAAUCAGUUAACUGAAGCUUCAAAAACUGGCCUGUCCCUGUUUGUGGAUGUUAAUGAAAGACAGCAUACAUUGUUAAAUAAUACUGAAAAAACAGAGUCGUUAAAUGACAUCAUUUUAGGAAAAAUUUACAGUGAAGGACAGCUGGAAGAAUCAUGUUCAUUUCACAUCAAGCCAUCUGGAGAUUUAGUAAACAGAAGUGGAAAGUCAGCCUUUGAUCUUUCAAGUUUGGAUAAAAAAGCUGAGAAAACUCCAGUAUAUGUGAAUUUUUUAGACCCCAGUUCUUGGUUAAAAGUAAAUCAAAAUGAAAGUCAAACAGUGAGCACUUCAACUUCUGGCAUUCCCUUGUUGCUGAACAAGAGACCAGUAGGCCCCUCAGAAAACGAAAAGAUUGUUUCUAUGACACUUUGUAAAAAUGUGUGUGUGGAUGAUGUCAGGAAGGAUAUUGGGCCAGAUACUACCAGCAUUAAGAGAAUUGCUGACACUUUGAAUAACUCCACUAUCCAUCCAGAUCCCAAGGGAGAGCCCAGUGAAGAGAGGAAUGCAACUGCAAAGGCUUUUUAUGAUUCUUCUUUUCCCACGGAACAUGUGAAAACAGAGUCUCUGAAAUCAAAUCUACAAAGCCAUUUUCAGGCUCUCAAGAUUAAAGAUACUGCUGAUUUAACUGUGUCUUCUUUUGGUGAAGGUGGCUGGCAGAACCUGGUAACAAAUCAAAUAAAAGAAAGUGAAAAGUUCCUAAGCUUAGAAAAUGACAACCAAUCUAAAAAAAGAAAAGCAGAAGAGAUGUUGACAAAAACAGAUUAG